AGUUUGUCUGUUUAUCUUGGGUCGAGGCGGCACCGGGGGCUGAGGCCUUGGCUCUGUGGCCUCCCAAGACCUCACCACCUUCACCUUCCCCUGUCGAGGUAGCCUGCAAGAAACCAGCAGGCAUCAGCAACGUUGUGUACAAGGUUUCCUGAAGAGCAGGUUUGAAGAUCAAUGUGAUGGCUGCGACCUUCAUCGUUUUGGCACUGCCUGAGUCAUCUAACUUCCCAACUAAUCUAAAAAUGAGCAAAGAGGUGGAUUGUAAGUGGAGCUGCAAACAUCUUCUGCCCUAUGAAGGCCACCACUAGUUUCUCACCCUGAAAAAAUAUCCAGCAUCCAUCUGUGAUUGUAGUAAAUAAAUCGUUCGGACGGCUUUCAGGACGCUGUGUUUGCAUCUGCACUCCACAUCAGAUGUUCCAAUAUGUCGGACAUGGAGAACCAGGCGAGGGAGUUCCUGAAGAAUUUUGACACGGAGGCCACUGUGCGUAUGUACCAGUACUCCCUGGCAUCAUGGGAAUACAACACCAACAUCACAAAGGAGAACUCAGACAAACUGUCAGAACAGGGGCAAAUAUGGGGAGGAUUCUACGCUAAAGUGUCAGAAGAGUCCCUCAAAUUCAAUGUGGACCAGAUCAAGGACCCAGAAAUCAAACUACAGCUUAAAUCCCUUCAAGACAAAGGCUCUGGUGCUCUGUCCGCAGAUAAAGCUGCCCAUCUGAAUAAGGUGAUGAGUGAGAUGAGUACGAUCUACAGCACAGCGACGGUGUGUCUGAUCGACGACCCUCUGAACUGCCAGACUUUGGAACCAGGCCUGGAGGACGUGAUGGCUAACAGCCGAAAGUACGGCGAGCGUCUCCAUGUGUGGGAGGGCUGGAGGAGACAGGUGGGCCAGAGGAUGAGGCCUCUGUACGAAGACUACGUGGACCUGAAGAACGAAGCUGCCAAACUCAACGGUUUUGAAGAUUAUGGCGCUUACUGGAGAUACAACUAUGAGACCAUUGAGGACGACGCUCUGUACAAGUACACCGGGGAUCAGCUGAUGGAUGACGUCCGUUCUAUAUACCAACAGAUUUUGCCUUUAUACAAGGAGCUGCAUGCUUAUGUGAGAGCCAAGCUGAUGGAGACCUACCCAGGACACAUCGAUUCAGACGGACCUCUGCCGGCCCACCUGCUCGGUGACAUGUGGGGAAGAUUCUGGUCCAACCUGUACCCUCUGACAGUCCCCUUCCCUGACAAACCAGAUAUUGAUGUCAGCAACACCAUGGUGGCAAAGGGUUGGACUGAGGAGAGAAUGUUUAAAGAAGCAGAGAAGUUCUUCAUGUCCGUGGGACUGUACAAGAUGUUUGAUAACUUCUGGACAAACUCCAUGCUGGUGAAACCUGAGGAUGGACGCAAGGUGGUCUGCCACCCCACAGCCUGGGACAUGGGAAACAGAGAGGACUUUAGGAUCAAAAUGUGCACCUUGGUCAACAUGGACCACUUCCUCACAGUGCACCAUGAAAUGGGCCACAACCAGUACCAGAUGGCUUACCGGAACCUGUCCUACCUUCUGAGGGACGGAGCCAAUGAGGGUUUCCACGAGGCUGUCGGAGAAAUCAUGUCCCUCUCUGCUGCAACACCCAAACACCUGCAGAGCGUCGAUCUCCUGCCCGCUGACUUCGUUUACGAUAAUGACACAGAGAUCAACUUCCUGCUGAAACAGGCGCUCACCAUUGUGGCCACGCUGCCGUUCACGUACAUGCUGGAGGAAUGGAGGUGGCAGGUGUUUGCAGGGAACAUCACCAAAGAUGAGUGGAUGGAACGCUGGUGGGAGAUGAAGAGGGAGCUGGUCGGCGUGGUGGAACCACUGCCAAGAGAUGAGAGCUACUGUGACCCCCCUGCUCUGUUCCACGUAUCCGGAGACUAUUCUUUCAUCAGAUACUUCACCAGAACCAUCUACCAGUUUCAGUUCCAAAAAGCUCUCUGCGAUGCUGCCGGUCACACAGGCGCCUUGUCGUCAUGUGACAUCACUGGUUCUACUGCAGCCGGAACCAAGCUGAGAAAUAUGUUGGAGCUGGGAAGGUCCCAGUCCUGGACCAGGGCUUUGCAGACGAUAUCUGGUGAUGUUAAGAUGGAUGCCCGCCCCCUGUUGGACUAUUUCCAAAAACUUCAUGAAUGGCUGGAGGUGGAGAACCAGAAACACGGCAGGACUAUAGGCUGGAGGACAGACAGAGAUCCAUUUUCAGAGAAUGCCAUCACAGUGAGACUGAGUUUGAAGGCAGCAAUGGGCGAUGAAGCUUAUUCCUGGAAUGACAACGAGCUGUACCUGUUCAAGUCUAACAUUGCUUAUGCAAUGAGACAGUACUACAGCCAGAAGAACCAGAGCAUUCACUUCACAGCAGAAAACAUCCUCAACAGCAACCCCACACCGAGAAUCUCCUUCGACUUCGUGGUGACCGACCCAGCGAGUCCCUCCAUAUUCAUCCCAAAGAGUGAGGUGGAGGCAGCCAUCCGGUCAUCUCGAGGUCGAAUCAAUGGCGCCUUCAAGUUAGACGACAAGACGCUAGAGUUUGUGGAUAUCAUGCCAACGCUGGCCCCUCUAGUGCAGCAGCCGGUGGAGGUUUGGUUGGUGGUGUUUGGCGUCGUCAUGGGCAUCGUGGUGCUGAUAGGCGUCUACCUCAUCAUCUCUGGUAUCAGAGAGCGCAAGAAGAAACCUAAAGAGGUGACUGCAGAGAAUCCCUAUAGUGCAGAUGCUGAUGGACACAGUAACAAAGCCUAUGAGGACAGUGAGAGUGAACUAACUGGAUUCUGAGUACGCAGCUGAACAACAAAGGGAACUACUUCAUGCUACAGUAGUAUCAUAGUCACCGUCCAAGAACUGGACAGUGAAGCGUUAUAAUUACUUUUCCCACCAGUGCUGCUUGGCCUCUCAUCAACAUAAACAUAAGUGUUAAAUGUGAAUAUGUGUUAGAGUUUUAGUUUAGUUUCAGUUUCGAGUCGCACAGCUAUUGUAUAGUUAGUAUCUCUGUUAACAAAAACACGAAUUGCUGUAUACUAAAUGUACUUCCAUGUGAAUGUACUCAAAGUCUGCUAUUCUAAUAUUACACUUUGUGGUACAACAAGUAAUACAAUUCAAAAUGUACUUUACUGUGCUUUUUUUGAGAUGCCAUUAAGUGCAAUUAAAUGUAUUUAAGUGUUCUUUUUGUAAUAAUAAUAUGUGCUUUCCUUGUACUUUGAGAAUAACAAAAUUAACUAAUGUCUUUGGCAAAAAUAAUACUAUGUAGAAUAUAAUUUAAUUAAACUGCAAAAUUAAAGCUGUAAUAGUUAAUAAUGUUAAGUUAUAAAGCACACCUUUACAUACCAUCAAAAUAUAUUUUUACUCAAUAGAACAUUUGAAUAAUACACAUAAACUGCAUUGUUUAAAGGUUUAUGUUUAAUAAAGGUUGUUUCAGAAGGAACAAUGUUUCCAAUUUACCUCUCAAAUGAAGUUUUUUUGAUUUGCAGAUUAUUACAUUUUUAGAAUUCAAAAUGUUUGAUCUUCUGUCUGACUGUUGGAAUGUGAAUUUCUGCAGGAAUGUCUUUAUUGCUAAGUCUUUUAAUAUUCUAUGUAGCCUUUAUUGGUCAGGGGUAUUUAUAAUAUGAUAUUUGAUACUUGUUCUAAAAUAUCAAAUUUGAUUUUAUCAUUUUACACCUUAAAUGUGCAAAAGAAAAGUAAAAUUUAAAAUGAAAAUAAUGUUUUCAAAUGCUGCAGAGUGCCAGUGCUUCAUUUUUUUGAAAAUGCAAAGUCUAUGGCUGAAGUGUUGCAUUUUUUUUUUUCAAUUAAACUGAUUUUUAUAGUUACAAAACACAAAACACACCGUUGCCCAAAGCUGGUGAUUUUACUGUGCAGAUAAAAUACGCAUGUCAACAAAACAGAUCACAGUAUGCAAAUAGAAGCGUAGAACAUCUUUAUAUGUUAACAUUCAAUAUGAUCCAAGGUUUAAAGUGUGAUUUCUAGUCAUCAAUUAUAUAAAGUGUACAUGUUUUAGUAUCUAACUCACUUGCUUGUGGUAAUACAUUGGAUUCUUUGGACUGUUUAUGUAAUUUAUCUCGCAAUGUCUUAUGAUAAUGUACAUUAAAAUGUGUAUUAUUACAUUG